CUUGUGGCUCAUCGCCUUCCAGAAUCUUGAGAACACAAGGCAUCUCGGGUCUGCAGUUUGGGUCCCGUUGUGUGCACAGGAGACCAAAUUGAAUGCAUCUUAGUGCUUCAUCUACUGGAAAUGCACCUCCAAUUUCUUAUUGAUCACUGCUCCUUCCAGACAUGACCAACUCGAUGACGCCUUCUUCUAGAGCAGGAGAAGAGAGAUGAAUGACUGAGUCAAGGAGGUACACAAAUUCUUCCUUGUGCCUAUUGCUGAUAUUGGUUUAGACUCUGAUUUGUUGGUCAAGGUCACCAUGUAUUGCACUGUGGAGCCACUGCAAGUCAAAUACAUGGCUUACAGUAAGAGAUGAGCUGUAUCUAUCUGGAACCCACUUCAGAUAUGAGAACCUGUGUCCAAAACGGAGUUUGAUCUAGCUGAAUGAAAAUUUUGUAGCGAAGGUGUCCGAUUUUGGCUCGACCAAAACAGAAGAUAGAAACUAGUUACAGAUGCACAAGAAAUUACAAUCUUUCUUGUAUUGUUGCAUAACAAGAUAUAAUUUUGUGGAGACAAAGUGACAGAGGUCAACCACGACUUGAGAAAAUAUGAGCACAAAGGACCCACCAACCUUGACAUUCUAAUGAAAUUUCAGGUGAUGUUUCGAUCAACUGUGGCUCAACCGGAGCUUCUGCAGCACGCAACGGUCGCCAAUGGCUUGGAGACCUACGCCCUAAACCCUCCCUAUUUCUACAGCUAAGGGGCUCACCAGCCGCGUCAGAGCCCAUCCAUCGCUUGAGCUGUGCUGAUCCUGUUCCGUACAAGACGGCUAGAAUCUCCCUUUCGCAAUUCUCAUAUGCAUUUCGGCUCAAUAAAGGGUGGUGAAAUUGGACUCCGAGUUGUUGGUGAGAAUUCCAUGGUUUAUGUUGAUGACAGCACUGCACUUGAGAUAGUCCAUCGGCUACAUAUUAAACCGGAUCCUGCUCAAUCUGCUGAGGGUUUUGAUGGCGUCUUUCCGAAAUGGGCUACACAAAGUGCAGAGAAGGUCAGAAAUAAAACGUGGAAAGUGCCGGUGGAGGUAGGAUUCAGGUACUUGAUCCGGCUUCAUUUCAAGAACGAAGGCGUUGGUGGUGCAAUGUUUAAAAUCCUUAUCAAUGAAAUGAUAGCUGAAACUGUGAGGGGAAGGGAUCGAGAUAACAUUGUCUUGUAUAAGGACUACAUGGUGGAUAUGAAAGGGCGGAAACAAAUUAGCAGACGUGAGAUCUUGAUUUCCCUCCAAUCAUUUGGUGAACUUGAAGUUCUUGCAGGAUUUGAAAUAGUUAAGCUGAGCAAUCCUGACAACAGUCUAGCUAGUCCAAACCCCAUGCCUCCACCUCAGGAGCCACGGUCUCGUAUUCUCCAAAUUUUGAUCUCUGUUCUUGGUUAUCAAACUGUGAGUGCAACUAUUGCUAUAGCUGCAAUAUCUCUAUUGAGUAUCAUUCUUCAUGAACUGCGGGAGAUUUGGGAAGCUAGGAGCACCGAGGAUGAACAUAAGCCAUCAGCCAAGGCUGAGAGACUUUGUCGCCGCUUUUCACUAGCUGAGAUCCAAUUAGCCACUAGAAAUUUCGAUAGUGGACUUCUAAUUGGAAGGGGUGGAUUCGGUAAAGUCUACAAAGGCUUCAUUGAUAGGGGACAAACAACAGUUGCUGUAAAGAGGCUAAAGUCGAAUUCCAGGCAGGGGGCACUUGAGUUUCUUACAGAGAUUGAAACACUCACCGAGCUUCGACAUAUCAAUCUUGUCUCUCUGAUUGGUUACUGUAGUGAGCUAAGGGAAAUGAUUCUUGUUUACGAGUUUAUGAUUUCUGGUACACUGGCUGACCACCUCUACAAACUUGGAAGGUACAACAGUAAUCAUUCUUCUCUCAUCUGGAAGCAACGGUUGGAUAUCUGUGUUGGAGCAGCACGAGGACUUGAGUAUCUUCAUACUGGCCAUAGGGUCAUACAUCGUGAUAUAAAGGCUUCGAACAUCCUUCUUGAUGAAAAUUUUGUAGCCAAGGUCUCAGAUUUCGGCUUGGCUAAACCUGAAGACAGGUUGCGGAGCCAUGUAAGCACAAAGGUUAAAGGAACAUUUGGGUACUUAGAUCCAUAUUACCUCAACACUCAAAAGCUUACCAGGAAAAGCGACACAUAUGCUUUUGGUGUGGUUUUGUUGGAGGCAUUGUGCGGUAGACCAGCAAUUGAUUCAUUUGCAAUAGAGGAUGAGCGGAUUCUAACCAGGUGGGCUCGAGAUAAGAUUGAUCGGGGAGAAGUUGAUCAGAUUGUUGAUUCUUCCCUCAGAGACGAAAUCUCAGUAAGCAGCCUGAAGGCAUUUGCUGAGAUUGCUAAUAGAUGUUUGCAUGAUGAGCCAGAGAAAAGGCCAACCAUGGCUCAAGUUGUGGUACAACUUGAGUUUGCACUUGAUCAGCAAGAGAGUAAACAACGAGCGGAUAACGUUGCUAAUGAUGUCUAUCCAUCUAUUGAAGACAGUCUAUCCUCUGAAGAUACUGAGGAAAAGACAUUUACUUCUCCUACCAAACAGACUAACUCAUGUUACUCUCCAACUGCUAAAGGAGAUGGGAAGAAACCAAAAUCACGCCAGCCGUUGAGAUUCUGGACUUGGGGUGCCUUCAGGAACAGGAUAAAACCAUCUAAGAGAAAAGAGCUGAUUGGCUUAAUAUCAGAACUUAGUGCAUCAUACAUUAAAUUGCCAAAGUUUGAUCUGACCAGCAUUGCCACCGCGACCAAUCAGUUCUCCGAUUCACAGAAGAUUGGAGAUAGCGUGCGAUGUUCUGUGUAUAAGGCUGUAUUACCAACAGGACAAACAGUUGGCAUUAAAAGGUUUUCUUUAUCAUGGCUUGAUCUCAGUGAGUUCAAAAAUGAGAUUUUUUUGACGUCCAGAUUCAAUCACCACAACAUCAUUAAUCUACUUGGUUACUGCAUUCAUGAAAAUGGAGAGGCGAUCUUAGUCUAUGAUUACAUGGCGCAUGGCACGUUAUUUGACCAUCUCCACAACUCGGGGAAUUCCCCAUUCACAUGGAAACAACGCCUUCAAAUUUGUAUAGAUGCUGCCAAGGGAUUAAGCUAUCUUCAUACUGGUUUUGAAUACCCUAUUAUCCACCGCAAUAUUAAGUCCACCAGUAUACUACUGGAUGAAAGAUGGAUUGCCAAACUGUCUGAUUUUUCCCAGUCAAGAGCAGGGCCCUCAGCUGAGCGCGACACCCAUUUUAACACAUUGGCGCAAGUCACCUUAGGUUACCUGGACCCCGAGUACUUCCAAACUUCUCGGUUGACAGAAAAGUCUGAUGUAUACUCGUAUGGUGUGGUGUUGUUUGAAGUUUUGUGUGGUAGGAAAGCAAUGGAUAUAAGCUUAGAAAUAGAACGGAGGAACUUGGCGACCUGGGCAACAUCAUGUUUCAGGAAAGGAAAACUUGAAGAGAUAGUUGAUUCUAGCCUCAAUGGCGAUAUUUCUCCUGAAUGCUUGAAGAUAUUUGCUGAGACAGCCAUUGCAUGCGUGGAUCUUCAAGGGGUUGAUCGGCCAGCUAUGAGAAAUGUUGUUCGCGUUUUGGAGUCUGCUAUGCAUCUGGUGAUAUUGCAUUGGAGCCUUUUUAUCCUAAAAUGGCACCUUAUAUCUCUGCAAAGCGUAAAGGAGAAGAGAGAAGGGGACGAAACGCGUCCUAAUGCUUACGGGGUGCCUUCAGCUAUUCCUGUCUCUAGUUCGUAUUGAUGCUGUAACAAAGUCCUGGAAAAUCCGAAGUCUGAAAUUUUAGGAACCAUUUCACGGUCCAGUAAUAUAUUGCUUGAUUUGGGAUCUCCGUGAAUGACUCGCACUCCAGAAUGUUGAUGUAGAUGAACUAGUCCUCGAGCUAUCCCCUUUAGGAUGUUGAAUCGUACUGGCCAUGGAAAGUUCCGCUUCUUCUCAUCAUCUACGAUUGAAAUUUAUCAUGUAAAGUUGUAGCUCAAUAGCACUGAUAUAUAGUAUUACUAAUAUCUUGUUGAGACAGAGAUAAAUGAGGUGGUGUAUAGAUUAUGAAGAAACCAACCGAUAAAUGUAUCUAGACUUUUGUUUUCCAUGAA